AUGAAAAAGAUAUUGUUUAAUAUAUGUUUUAUGGGACUUCUCUUUAUCGGACUUGUUAAUGGUUUAAACAAGAGGUGUAUGAGAUGUAGAUCAAGAGGAGAACUUGGGUCAUGUGGAGACCCAUUUCCAACAAAUGUUACAGAAACAGAGACUCAGAUAGGGAUACAUGUUGUUGCAUGCCCUUCUGGAUGGUGUGGAAAAAUGAUUGAGGGUACCACAGGGGCAUUUAGGACAGAUGAUUAUGGUGCGGCAACACAAAGAAUGUGUCUUCAGAGAUCUCCAAGCGAUGAUGAGGAAAGAUGUGCUUACACUAUGUGGAACCAUAGAAAAGUGUACAUGUGUUUCUGUAAUGGUGACCUUUGUAACGCUGCAGACAAAGCUACUUCAUUCCAUUCUAUGCUCCUCAUAAGUAUUCUGGUUCUUAUUUACAAUGUUACAGCUGCUAUGUAG